AUUAAAUAGAGCAUGGUAGGUACUUUGAUAUAAACCAGGUAAGGCUGUUCGAUAAGGGUCCAGGAAUUCAAAGCUCCGAUAGCUCACUGAAGCAAGCAAGGGCUAAACCCGAUAUGGAAUAGCGCGGCUUAUCGCCCUCAACAAGCUGUUCCUAUUCCAUCCGAAAAAAAGUUGGGAGAACGAACGCGAUUUGAUAGCAACUCCAAAAAAGGCUGACGGUAAAAAAUCGCUCUUUAAUUCUUCCCCAUCACUACCGCCGUCAACAACGAUAACCUUCGCCAACCACGUCCAUCUUCAGUCGGCAGGGAUUUCAAUCUCAAAUUGAAUUCCAUUCUCCUUCGCCUCUCUAAUUCCUCCUCAGAAUGUCGCGAUACUUGCGUCCGGCGGCUAGGUUAGCUGCCUCUGCACGCACCGCCGCAGUCCCCCGAACUAUUCCCCGGUUUGCUCCCGCUUCUUUCGCCAUUUCUCAACGGAGAACGUUCGCAGAUGUAAAGGGUACCAAGGAGUACACUGUCCGUGAUGCCCUCAACGAGGCUAUGGCCGAGGAGCUCGAGGCCAAUGAGAAGGUUUUCGUUAUCGGAGAGGAAGUUGCCCAGUACAACGGCGCAUACAAGGUUACGAAGGGCCUCCUAGAUCGUUUUGGAGAGAAGAGAGUUAUUGAUACCCCGAUUACGGAAAGUGGUUUCUGUGGUUUGGCCAUCGGUGCUGCGCUGAGCGGUUUGGUUCCUAUCUGCGAGUUUAUGACUUUCAACUUCGCCAUGCAGGCUAUCGACCAGAUCGUCAACAGUGCUGGCAAGACGCUCUACAUGUCCGGUGGUAUUCAGCCCUGUAACAUCACGUUCCGCGGCCCUAACGGCUUUGCCGCCGGUGUCGGCGCUCAGCACUCUCAGGACUACAGCGCUUGGUACGGAUCUAUCCCCGGUCUUAAGGUUGUUUCUCCCUGGUCUGCCGAAGAUGCCAAGGGACUGCUAAAGGCUGCUAUCCGUGACCCCAACCCGGUCGUCUUCCUUGAGAACGAGCUUAUGUACGGUGUUUCUUUCCCCAUGUCCGAAGCCGCCCAGAAGGACGACUUCGUUCUUCCGUUCGGCAAGGCCAAGAUCGAACGCCAGGGCAAGGAUCUGACUUUGGUCUCCCUUUCUCGUACCGUUGGUCAGUGUAUGGUUGCGGCCGAGGCCCUGAAGAAGAACUACGGUGUUGAAGUGGAAGUUAUCAACUUGCGAUCAAUAAAGCCUCUGGAUAUCGAGACCAUCGUCAAAUCGGUUAAGAAGACGCACCGCCUGAUUUCUGUUGAGUCCGGUUUCCCCUUCGCUGGUAUGGGCGCUGAGAUUCUCGCCACGACCAUGGAGUAUGCUUUCGAUUACCUAGAUGCCCCUGCCCAGCGAAUCACCGGCGCUGAAGUCCCCACACCGUACGCCCAAGGCCUAGAGCAGAUGAGCUUCCCGACGGAAGAUCUCAUUGAGAAGUUUGCCGCGAAGGUGCUACGUGUAUAAAGCAUGAGAUGAUAUGAGAUGAAACGAGGAAAACCAUAGAAGAGGAGUUGGAGGCAUGAGCAAUGUACAAUAUUAAUCGAUUACUGCCUGGACGAACUGUCACCCGGAUUAGGUGUUUCGAAAAUGGCGGAGUGAUUCCCACGACGAAAUGGAUACAUUGAUUUAGACCAUCUUCCAGUCUCUUCGAGAUCUUCCUCCGCGGUCCAGGUGAUUCUCGCAUGAAUGUGCUAUUAGAAGCGGUGUGUGUCUAAAUG